GGGCCGGGGCCGACCCCGGGCGGAGGAAGGGCGGGGUGAGGAUGGCGUGUGGGACUCGAAACGCGGCCAAGCGCCGCUGCCGGGGCUCCGCGUGCGGCUGCGGGGCGGGGGGAGCCCCGCAGGGCCGGCCCGCAGAGCUGCCGCCGCCGCUCGCCAUGAGCCGCUCCCGGAGCAGCGCCUCCCCACGUAGGCAAUAGCUUGCUUGAUGGACAUGAAUGCGUUGUUGGACAGAUUUCACAAUUACAUCUUACCGCAUCUGAGAGGGGAAGACCGAGUUUGUCACUGCAACUGUGGAAGGCAUCAUGUCCAUUACGUUAUCCCGUACGACGGGGACCAGUCGGUGGUGGAUUCCUCGGAGAACUACUUUGUGACUGACAAUGUAACCAAGCAGGAGAUUGACCUGAUGCUGGGACUUUUGCUGGGCUUUUGUAUAAGCUGGUUUCUGGUGUGGAUGGACGGGGUUCUCCACUACGCGGUGCGAGCCUGGAGAACCAGCCGACGGUAUGACAACUCCUGGUCUUGGAUUCCCAAAUUUUGUAACUUGAAGGAGUUCAGGAAACGUCACCACAGGCAGUACGAGGAGGCGACCGGGAACAUGGUGCACAUCAAACAGAAGCUGUACCACAACGGGCACCCCAGCCCGCGGCACCUCUGAGGAAACCUCCCCCCCCUCUGGAGACUGCAGGGAGCUUUUAAAAAAAAAAACCCACAAAAAACCGAACAAACAGAAAAGGACUUUGCUCUUCUUCCAGCCGGACCAGCUUCUGGUUUGCUCCUCCGUGGAAGCCCAGCUGAGGACAGGAUUUUACUGAUCCAUAUCCCCGGGACGCGCCACGAUGCACAACUGAAGCCAGUCCUGGAUGCCACGCAGCCAAGACAUUGCACUGUGUUCCACGUUUUAUUGUCAGACUUGUGUAUAUAUGUAAAAAAAAAAAAAAAAAAAAAAAAAAAAAAAAAAAAACAGACGAACUAAACCAAACAAACAACAAAAAAAAAAAAAAAAAGAGAGAGAGAGAAAGAGAGGAAAGAGAUUUGCAUUAUACUUUCAAGCCCCCCACCCCCGAAUUUUCCCCGGCAUUCCCGGCUGUCCUGCACAUCCAGCUGCCCCGAGGGGAAUGUUGGCCGAGGGGAUGGAGGUGGGACAGCACGAAGAAGAUGCAGAGUGUCUCAUCCAAGAGCUCAAGUCCCCCGUUUCUUUGGUCCUUUGGCUUGGUUUUGCUCUGCCCUGUCCCUUCUGUUGCUAAAAUGGCUUUGGCUGGUCACAGGUUUGGAUGGGCACUGCUGCCAGCGGGUUGGGAAGGCACAGUGUCCCUUUUUGCUCUGGUUCAUGUUCUGGGGAGUCGCUGUGGAGGGAAGGAAAUCCUGGGAAUGUGUAAGUGGUUUGUUGUUUGAGUUGCUGUAUACACUGAAACCUGCCUUAAGCAAUCCAGGGAAUUUUAGUGCCAGGGGAACGGCCCCGUGAGGUGCCAGCCCGUGGGGCAGGGCUGGCCCUGCCUGGGUCACCCCUCUGGUGGGAUCUUGGUGAUGUCAGUGCUGUUGUUCUUCACUAGAGCUGGAGGGGAGGGAGGGAGGGAGGAGUGGAUGGUGUUGGAUCUGACUUUGCACCCCAAUCAUACCCCUCUGCUCAUAAACACCCCCCACCCCUUCCCUGGGAGCAAAGGAGCUGCUUUCCCCCUUUUUUUGGAGGGAGAGCCCGAGGCCCUGGUUAAACCACCCCAAAACCACUGGCAGUGCAGUGAGAGGGUCCUGUGAACAGUCUCACUCCCCCUGCACAUGAACAAACACUUAUUUCUCGUGCUCCUGCCCUGAGCUGAAACAGCAGCAGGUCCUGGCUUGGCUUGAGGGACACAGAGAUGUGGAACCUGAAGCCAAACUCCUCUACAGAGCCAAAUGUCCCAAAUGUCCCACGUUCACGUGGUUGAAUCAAAGCAUGAGGAUGCUCUGAUGUGGUUUUGCCUUUGCUUCCCCCAGUCACAUCUCAGAUGUGGGUUUUAAGGUCUGAGUGUGACUGAGGGUCUGAAACCAACCUCCACACCCAGAGACCUCCCUCACCUGCAGGCAGAGGUGCCUGAAGGAGCUGAUAAAGCCCCUGUGUGGUGGUGUCUGAUCCCUGCAGUGGGUCCUGUUCUGCUGGUGGGCAGAGAGAGAAUUGAUUGAGAGGAAUAAAGGAGGGAGAUGCCCCAAGAAGUUAAGGUGGUAGCCCCGAAAUCACAUCUCCUUCAUUCACCAUUUUGUAUUGAGUGGGUUUGUGCUCAGAUGGGGAAAACACCCAGGACAAAAGAGGAUGAAUAUUGGCAGAAACUGCUGGUUUAUUCCAUGGAUUCCCUCCUGUUGUUUGAUGGCAAUAUCUGUGGAGGGAAAAGGACACCAUCACUCCAGCUCUUUCCUCCCUGCUUCAGCUUCUGUGUCUUGGGGUUUGUUUUUUUUUAAUUUUGUUAUGCCCAGGGUCAGAUCAGUUAAUUACAAGCCCCAAGAGCCAAACAUUCCCGUUUCUCUGCCAUUCCUACCUUUGCUAUUCCCCAGGGUCUCUUGUUUUGGAGCCUCAUUUUCUGCCUGGGCCUAAAGAAUUGCCUGGUCCGUACUUAUGUCUGUUUGACUGUCUGUCAUUCCGGGUUCCCUGUGGCUGGAAUGUCUGCAGCCACCUGUUGGGACCUAAGGAAUGACUUUUUCCUGGAGCAGCUCCUUUCCAAGAGCUUUGCCCCCUCCUUGUGCCAUGGCACACACUGAAGUGGCAGGGAAGAGCAGGUCCUGUGUUAUCAACAUGCCUUUAGGUGGGACAACGUUUUGUAGGGGAGAAAAUUCCAUCAUGGUAAGGAGAAUACCUCUGGAACUAGUUAUGGGGGGGGAAAAAAGCACUUUAAAUAAUCUUUCCACUUGGAGCCUCUCAAGAGAGAGACUUAAGGCAGUGGCUUAAAGUCAGACUGAAUAUAAAGCCUGGUUCUGCCCUGCUCUAGCAGCUGACCUUGGUUGAAACAUCAUUAAAUAUGGGACAGCUGGAAAGAGUGAAGUGAUGGCUCUCACUCAUUAAGUCUGAUCUGUCUGAUCCACAGCAAAAUUUCAGAAGAGCCUGGGGCUCUGGAAGAAGGAG